GCAUGAUAGUGACGAAGACUUCGGCGACGGCGACGCUGGCUUCAUUGAUCACCGACGGCAAAACGAGGUUGCGCGGCAGGCGUGGACUCUGCAGUCAUUAAGUGGGUACUGCAGCUUACUGUGCAAUAACUCUUGGGCUAAAUAACGGUGCCCACAACGGAUUCUAAUCACGAAUGCGGUGCGGCAACUUGAUGAACCCUCAUCCGCAAUCCACAACGCCUGAGACCGGCAAGAUGAACAAGCAAAUAGUGUAUAUCCAUACAUAUAUUAUACAUAUAUGUAUUAUAACGGUGUGGUGCCUUGAUGCACCCUCAUCCGCAGUCGUCAAUACCUGCACCCUGCGCUUCUAUGCGCGCAACAAAGAAGCAAUAAUCGGAAGCCCGCGAUGCGCACGUGAGGCUCGUGUAGACGAGAAGCGCGCACUCUAGCAAAAAUGACUCCACCGCCGCUCUGGUUCUGUGCAGUUAGAUGGAGGGGACCGCGGGGAGGAGGGGGAGAAGGACCAAAAGGGGAGGAGGAGGAGGAGGAGGAGGAGGAGGAGGAGGGGGUCAGAGGAGCGCGCUCGAACCUUGCGCCCUCUGGGCUCCCGCCUCUGGUGGGCGGGCGCCCGCGGGGGAGUCCGGGGGCUCCGCAGGCAGGGGCGGCGCGGGGCCGCAGGGCGCGGGCGGGCGGGGGGUGGUGGAAGCGGGCGUCGGCCGGCCCGAAGUCCCCGACCUUGCCCGAAGCUAAAAAACCUCGAGCCCGAAACGAAGCGAGCCUCGAGCCUCGAGCCCCAUCCGAGGCGCCCGCCUCUGGUGGGCGGGCGCCCGCGGGGACGUCCGAGGGGCUCCGUGGGCACGGGCGGCGCGGCGCCUCCCGCGCCCGCCCCAGGCGCGCCGCUCCGUCUCCGGGGCAGCAGGGGGCCCAGCGCCGAUCCAAGAGAUCCGCGCGGAGCUCCAAAAAGUUGAUACGCAUGCCGCUUAGAGCAGCCGAAGAAUCGACAGAACUCUGAGAUUUGACGCGCGCUCCAGCUGCAAGCAUCCCACGGAGGCUGGACCGCGAAAGUUCAGGACGGGCCCGUCAAAAAGCGUCGGCAAACCCGAGUUCUGGCGAACUCGAGUCUUACGCUUCACCGAUCCCUCCUCAUCCUCAUC